AAACAGAUAAAAUUAUGACGCAAAAGGUAACUAACAAAAAAGCCUUGACAUAUACGUCAUUUAUGUCAAUAUAUAAAGUUGAGCAGACAAUUAUAGAAACACCAACACUUUCCCGAGACUCCUCAGAAAACUUCCUCUAGAAAUCAUGGCAAGACCUCAUGUUCUAGUCAUACCUUAUCCCGCACAAGGCCAUGUAAUCCCUAUAAUGGAGCUUGCUCAAUGCUUAGUCAAGCAAGGAAUCAAAGUUACAUUUGUAAACACAGAGGUUAAUCACAAGCUUGUCACAAGCAAUUCGUUGGUGAAGGAUGGUUUUGGGGAUCUAAUGCAGUUGGUUUCAGUCCCUGAUGGGUUAGAGCCAUGGGAGGACAGGAGUGACCUAUGCAAGUUGACGACGUCAAUAUUACAAACUAUGUCGUGCAAACUAGAAGAGCUUAUAGAGACGAUUAACAAAGAAGACAGCAGUAACGUUACCUGUAUUAUUGCUGAUGAUUGCAUGGGAUGGGCCAUAAAAGUCGCAAAGAAGAUGGGAAUCAGAAGAGCAGCCUUCUGGCCAGCCUCAGUUGCUACAUUGGCCUACGUGAUGAGCUUUCAGAAACUGAUUGAUGAUGGAAUCGUUAACAACAAUGGUGUACCUAUAAAUGAUCAAAUGAUUCAGCUGUCAGAAAGCAUGCCACCUAUCAAGUCCACGAACCUGCCAUGGACGUGCUUUCAGGAGUUGGGCACUGUAAAAGCCUUUUUUAAAGUUGUAGUAGAAGCUGUUGAAGCCGCUAGUUUGACUGAAUGGUUUUUAUGUAACUCGACUACUGAGCUGGAGCCGGCUGCAUUCAGCCUGUACCCGCAGCUGUUGCCGAUUGGUCCAUUGCUGGCUAGCAACCGACUUGCAGACCAAGCAGGCCACUUCUGGCAAGAAGACGCCACCUGUCUUCCAUGGCUCGACCAACAGCCAUCAUGUUCGGUCAUUUAUGUAGCAUUUGGGAGCUUCACCAUUUUCAAUCAAACACAGUUUGAAGAAUUGGCACUUGCUCUUGAACUUAGCAACAGACCAUUCUUGUGGGUUGUGCGACCAGGCAUGACAAAGGAGACUACGGCUUCUUUCCCAGAAGGGUAUGUGGAAAGAGUAGGCUCUCGUGGAAGAAUUGUGAGUUGGGCACCUCAACAGAAAGUGUUAGCUCAUCCUUCUGUGGCUUGUUUUGUGAGUCAUUGUGGUUGGAAUUCUACUUUAGAGGGUGUUACAAAUGGACUCCCUUUCUUGUGCUGGCCAUACUUUGCUGAUCAGUUUGACAAUGAAACUUAUAUUCGUGACAUUUGGAAGACUGGGCUGGGGUUUAACAAAGAUGAAGCAGGUAUCAUCACACGAGGAGAGAUAAAAGGUAAGGUAGAGCAGCUGCUCGGAGACAAUUCAUUCAAAGCUAAGGCCAUGGAUAUUAAAGAAAAGGUUACAAGCACUAUCAAAGAAGGAGGAUGCUCACACAAAAAUCUUGGCAAUUUUAUCGAGUGGAUACACAAUAAAGAUACAUAUGCGCCCUAUAACCAAGUUGAGAUAUGUGAAUGAACAAUCUACGUGCAAUUUGUUGUUUGUUUGUGUUUUCAUUCGUUGGACGAUAAUAAUGAAGAUGUUUCGAUAUAUAUAUAUAUAU